AUGCUAUAUUCGCUGGUGCGAAUUUAUCCCCUCGGCUGCUUUAUUUGGUCUACCGUAUCUGCCCUCAAUCAUACGGUGGUGAAUGUGACUGAAUCUUCCACUUCGAGUGUCGAAACUACGGAUUCAACAAUGACAUUAUCAACGGAAAGGUUAAUGGGAAAAUACUGGAAAGUUUCAAAAUUCACCAAUUAAGCUCGAAAAGGACCACGACUACUGCGAGAGAAAGAUCAACAACUGAAUAUGAAACAGAGGAACUGACGAGAUACAGCAUGAAAUCCACGAACAACGCCGAUUCUGAUGAGAUCACUCAGCACCUGGCCGAGUAAGUUUGUGCCUCCCGACUUGAAACGGUUUCCGCGCGAACCGCUAGCUUUUCGAGAUGACCUCUUCUUUCACACGCGUUAACUGUGAAGGAACUAUGAAGGCUGUUCAUCAAAAAUGAAACUGUCUGGUUUCUCUGCGCUCUCUUCUUUUUUUAAUGCCUAUUUCACAUCCCUAGUAUCUCGACAGUGAGAGAAAAGAGAGCGCAGACAGGUCAGACUGUUCAGAAUUACAAAGGCUAUUGAAGCAGUGAGCGUGCUUGGAGGCGUAACAUUUGAAGAGCCGACGUUUUUAAAGUUCGUACUUUUUCAGUUCCUACAUCCUUGAUGGCUAUAAAGUCGAAUUUCCAAAAGGUGAUAUUAUGAAAAUAAUCGGUGGGUUUUACUUCUUGAUCGUUUGGAAUGACUCAAUGCGUCGCGGUUGUUUGAAUCCUUGUAGUUGGCGCUCAUCCAAGAAAUGCAACCGACCUCUUCGAACUUGCGCCGCUUGAUUUCGUUGGCUGCGCAAGUCGUUUCAUGGUCGGGCGCAUCUCAAGGCCGACCGCGACGCUUUCAGCCAUUCCAAAUGCCGCUUCACACUUUAUUUUGAAUCAAUCUAAUUUAAGACCAUUGCGAAACGAAUAAACCAUGCGAUCACGGAAGUUGCGUUCUGACCGAUCCGGGAACUCCUAUCCAAUGGGUUUUUUAAAAUUUUUUGGUAACGAUUCUAAAAAAUUUUUCAGUUCAUUUGCGAGUGCAAAUACGGUUACCUCGGGAAAACGUGUGAUAAGAGUGAGUUUUGAGAAAAAUGACUGCAUUUGGAAUGGCUGCAGGCGUGGCGGUCGCGACGCGUUUCUCGAAGACUUAAUUUUAAAAAUAACUCGGACAUUGGUAACUCGAAACGGACGUGUUCCGGACGUUUCUGGGCGAUUCAAGGGAUCACUUAAGAGUGCUGAGGCCACUGAAGUGGUCAUAGAAAAGCCCCGACACGUCCGAUUUGCGUUACUAAUUUCCGAGAAUGGAUUUUGAGUCACGACCGCUUCGCAACCGCAACGCAUCGAGCCGUUCCAUUUCAAAAAACAGAAAAGUGAAAAAAAAAGAUUAUUUUCAGAAAUUCCAACGAAAUGGAAAUACUCCGUUCUGCUAACCAUUGUUCUGCUGAUUGUCUUGGGACUCACUGCGUUUUCCUUUCUCACUUUUAAGUUGGUGUUUUUGCCCUAUUGAGAAUGAACUGAGAGGCCACUUGAGUGGUUUGCGGUGGAAGAGUUCUCCUUGGAGUGGUCACUUUAGCUAUUUCAAGUUUUUCAUCGAAUGAUUUUUUGACUAGCUGCUUUUUUCAGAAAUUAUUUAAUUUUUCAAAAACGUCGUAUGGUUGAUUUUCAUGGAAAAGAGUUCUAUGCGCUCCACGGCUAAACUUGAGAAAAUCAGUUUUCCAGCCUAUUUUUCAAAUUCAUUUUGAUUCAACUCAAGUUUUAAGUUUCAAACUUUCUUUUCCACAGAUUUCAAGACAGAAAAUAUUUUUAAAACUGAAUAUUCCAGUUCGAGAAGGUACUACGAGAGCAACCAGCCGCGUCGGAGGUUCGUCGACGUCCUCGGGAUCAAUUCCCGCGCAACCCCACGAGUGCCGCCGAACCCUAACACAGCUACUACUAGCAUUCGAUUAUGA